AUUCUUUCUACUCAUCAACACUUUUUAUAACAACUUGAACCCAUUUUUGGAUUGAUCCACUCUAAACUUCUCCAUGUACUAAUAAAAAAUGUUCGUAGAGAUGUUUCAACUUCUAUUCACAAUCGUGACAAUCGAAGCCGUCCUGAUAUUAACACUCGGGUUCGGGACUCCAGCGAGAAGAGUGGUGGUGAAACUGCUAGACCUAUCAAAGCAAGGUCGAGCACCACUGGUUGCGAAAACGGUCGCAGCCACUAUGCUUGUGUUGUUUGGCUCGGUUAUGUUCAGCACUAUUCAAAUCCACACAAGGGUCUCUGAAUCUGGUGGUGUAGCUAACUCGACCGAUCAAGUCAUGUUUGCCAAUCGCCUCCUCGAAGCUUUCCUCAUGGGGACUGUCUUGUUCUUGGCCAUGGUUAUAGAUAGAAUGCAUUACUACACAAGAGAGCUUCAAAUCACAAGAAGAAACUUGGAGAUUGCUGUAAAGAAGGGCAAAACCGGUGCUUAAACCAAAAAUUGGCAUCCAAAAUUCAAUUAAAUCUGUAAAAAUAUGUGAAUGUUAAAAAUUUAUCAAAAGAAAACCAUACUCGUGUUGAAUUUAAUUAAAAGUAAAUAAAAAACGAGAAAUCUCACUUUCAAGAUCAC